CGACGCAAGAACAGCCUGAAGUUGCACCAGGCCCUCCGACACCAGCGCCCUCUCUCAACCUCAUCGCAUCGAGGCCCCGAUCGAUUCCAUCGCGAACACCCUUCUGGGAUACCGCCCCGAGCUAUACUGCAAUACCACCCCGAAUUGGCCCGCAACAGGACCCGUGUUGCCACGCGCCGCCCGUCGACUGAUUCGAGAACCGAGACCACGAAACCCCAUUUGCGCAAUCUGCACCUUUUCAUGUCUCUGGCCACGAGGAGCCCGUGAUUCGCGGAGACGCCCUCAACAUCCCGGGGCUCCUCCGCUGCUGCCAUGGAGCUCGGCACUCCGUCACAUAGAGCACCAAGUCAUCCAUCGAAACUGUCUCCCGCUGCUGCCCCCGGGAGACCACACCGUCCCAUACUGCCCGACAACACCCUCGCACCGCCCAUUCUCGUCGCUUGAUCCGGAUGGUGCUUUCUGCGCAUGUCCAGGCUUACCACACGACCGCUUCUCCGACGUCAGCCUUGGGUGGACGCUGCUCCCCCUGUGACGCGACGCCUUGUGCGACACCACCGAUAUGGAGGCUGGGGACUAUGACACCAAUACUCUGUUAAUUAACAACCUCUCUGCCGUUUCUUAUCGUAUCUAUGAACCCAUUGCGUCCCACGCUUACACGUUUAAUGCCUCCGAUGUCCACGAUGCGCUGCGCAACGAUGGCCACCUGGUAUAUAUGGACAGUGUCCGCCAUGGAAUUUGGUGCUUCUACCUCUCCACCGCCGACCCUGCCGUGAAUCCAGAGUCGAUUGGUCUUUUUGCGAGGAUGGUGGUCUGCGGCUACACGUUGGGUCUUGUGGGAGAGGGGCACUUUAGGCCCGUUGAUCUGUUCAAGAGUCGCAUGUCGGGCGGGGAUCCCAUCAACACGCCGAGCAGCUCGUCUUCGGCCGGAUUUGCCGCCGAUAUGGGGCUGCAAAGAGCCCAGUCUUUCAACAUGCCGACACCAACAACGGUUGGAAAUGUGGUUCUGGCUGACGUCAAGGGCUAUGCUUCGGUGCCUAUUCCCGAGAUCCACCGAUACUUCAUGAAAGCUGCGUUAGAGUCCCUGACGACCUAUUUCUGCCGACAAAUAGGUGCAAUCGCCCUGAACCCCCGUGCUGUCCUGCUUCCACCCGAGGCUCUCAAUACGGACGAUGCCGACCAUGUCUCGGCCCUGGCGACCUUUCGGGUGUAUUUGACCACCACUGGAACACUUGUUAUCUCGCUCAAUGUUUCCCUCUCCAAGAGCCUGGUUGCAUGUUCACGGCCUUUUCAAGGUAGCAUGAUGCCUCCCAGUCCAAUUCUAGCCGCCCCAUUUGGACAUUUUGGAUCCUUGCAGGGCAUUCUUGAUACGGAUAACCAGGGCACUGAAAAUGGGUUCGUUCAGUCCCCAGAUACCCAGAUUGGCCGGUUAAGGUCUGGGUCAGGGGAAAGGUUUUCUCAGUGGAAGACGUUGGUCUGCGAAGUCUUGAAAAUGCAUGGCAUGUCAUCCAACAUCUUGAAUGGAUCCUCGUGGUUAAAUGUCCACUUUUCGCAAAGGAAACCAUACGAACAGCGAGGCGACGGAAAGAAUACACCGCUCGUCAACCCCGGUCCAAAUGCGCCAUGGCCAUCUGUUUUGUGUUUUCGAAGAGCAAGGGUGGAGCCAGUGGGCGAUGUCAACUUUGACAAGGCGGUGCCAGGGAAUGCUGGAGAGCAUGGUGAUCCUCUGAGCAUGGUGAAGAGUUGGUGUCAAGGGUUGUCUAAGCGAGAGGAGGAUAUGUCACAAAGAAAAAAGGAACGGGAAGCUGCGCUUCUUCGUGAAAAAGCCGAAGUGGACGGGAGAAAUAUCCAGCUUAACGGUCACUCGCCAAUGAACCCCCGGCGACCAAGUAACACAGGACCAGCUCUAACAGCAGCAGGCGUCAUGUACCCGACACCGCCGGAUGGAGUUCUUCAGCCAGGAAUUAUGCCCUUGUUCGAUGGGACAACGGUCAGCCCAGCGAAUCUCCCCCCCCAAAAUGUGGUGGUCGAUAUGGAAGUAAAUAUACAACAGGAUGUUUCAAUGACGGAUGGCUUUGGUGAUGAAUGGGAUGGUCAGGAGUCGAAACCUGAACCGACAACGGCUGGGUUCACAGACGAGCAUAUGUAUGGCGAUUUGGACGAGGAUAUGUUUGGAGGAAACGAACUCACGGAUGCCGACUUCAGCUUCUUUGAUCAGCCAGCGGAUAAUCUGGAUCUAGACUCUCAUCAAGUGGACGGCACGGGGCCUUCUAUGGACCUCCAGUUAACGAAUAACACAGCGGCUCAAGAACCCGGACGAGCUACCCAAGGACCGAAUAGUCGUCAACCAGGCCCUACAAAUGCACAACCACAGUUUACGAAACCCGAACUUAAACACGCUCGCAGUAUUCUCGCUGAGAGUCGACAGCAAAUCAACGCCCAAAAUUUUAAUCAUAAUUCGGCAGCGGGUAUCAAGAGGCAGACCAGUCCCUUCAACCCAGAAACUGUCUUCAAGAAAAUCAAAGCCUCCUUUAAGCCACUACCUCCCUCACGGGUGGCACCCAAAGGCGGUCCUCCGCGGCGCCGGAGCGUGUUUGAGAGGGUGGAAUUCAACCCUGCCCUUUCACUUGAUAGCGUCAAGUAUCAAGCGAGCGGACCAUUUACGUACCAGCCACCAACACUAAACAGCUAUCUGCCAAACGAGGGCCCUCUAACCACCGGUCGCCUGCUCGGAUCUGCCAAACAACGGCGAAACAUCAAAGAGUUGUCGUUUGAUCUGCUUGGCUUACAGAAGAGGAUCAACGGUGCAGGUGCCAGUCCAGCCAAAAGAGACGAAGGACUCUCGGAUGACGACGAAAGUAGUUUGGAAUCGGAUGAUGAUACGACAAGCAAUGUCAGCGCACGCGCCUCUUCUCCAGCAAAGUCGAGUGUGCUGAGAAGGCGGCCUGACGAUGAUGUUAUUUCCAUGGCGGCUUCGUUCAAGGACCUGGAGAAUUAUGCCACCGACUCCCCCGGUUACUCUCCGAAUGACAUGAUCCGCCUUUCCAACUCGGAAGUGCCAGAGUUGUCGCUGACGAGGUGGUUUGCAGACCCGGAGCCGGUGCCACUCCGUAUAUCUGUCUCGGACGAUGAUUUUAUUACUGUUGCGCAGGUCCUUACCGAGCAAGCGGCUGGUGGGACUUUGAGGUUGGAGCCAGAAAGACCAUGCUCCGAGAUCCGGGACACACGUCAGGGGUUGGUAGAUGCCAUUCGGUACUCUAUUCAGGGACUUCAACGGGCUUUGCCACGGGCACUGAUGGGUGCGACUGAGUGCCAUUUUCGGGCGUUUGCUGAGGUUCAGGAUGUGCCAUUAUUGGUUCAGCCAGUCCAGCCACAGAGUCGGGUGCAAAUGAGGCCGGCUGAUCUAGGCAGGCCAACAUUUCAAAUACUGCCAGUACCCCAUAUUGAAGUCCGUCGCAAUAAUGGCCAGUUAGCGCUGUUACCUUCAGCACUUACCUUCUGGGAGAGCUUGGGUCUUGGUCCAGCGCAAGGUGCCAAAGAUGUUGUCGCUGUGUGCGUGUUUCCACACGGAGAAGGCAUGCGGGACAAUGCUACCGUCUUCUUGGAGAGGAUGAGAAGCAUGUACGAGUUGAUGAAUUUUGGAAGUCAUGCCAAGCUGCCCACGACGGCGAGUAUUGUGGAUGGGCUUGUCUCUGUCCCAAUCGAUCAGGGGUUUGUCUCUCCCGGUAUACAUCUUUCCAGGCCUCACUCAAUCUACACCGACCACAUGGCCAACUUGGCCCUAUCACUCGCCAACGUGCCCAUGACGGAGAAGAACUUUGUCGUGUAUUUCGCAUACAACCCGGAAAACCCGACGUCCAUCGUGGAUUCCUGCUGCGCCUUCCAGGAGUUAUUUGAACAUUACAAACGCUGCAUGCUAGAGAGGAAAAAGCAGAUCCUCAACGAACUCGUCCUCCAACUCAUCCCGCUCGACCUCAUUGCGUCGGAUACCUCGAUGGUUGUCUUGCCAACGCCAGAGUGCAUGCGCCUCUGCAUCGAAACCUACGACCGCUGCACUCUAUUCGGUGGCCCCAUGCCCGCCCCGGCAAUCAUCCUCGAGAGCGCCCUGCCCAGGGAAGUCCCCUUUCGAAUAUCCCCCACCCCGUCCCCGGACAUCCUCCACGAAAACAGCCACAUGCAUGUCGCCUACGCGCAAAGCACAGACGAGCGCUGGGUGACGGCAGCGUGGACCGACCCCCGCGGCCAAAAGCAAAUGACGGCCUCGUAUUGCCUAGGCCGAAGGAACAAACCGCUAACCCGCCACAUCAGCGAGGUGAUAUCCGAAAUCUGGGAAACGACCUAUGACCUCAUCUCGUCGUGUAAAGUCUCGUGGAAAAUUAUCGUCACCAAGUCAGGCGUGAUGGAACCCCAGGAAGCGGACUUGUGGAUCGCAAAAAGUCAGGACGAGCACAGGGUUGUGACGAGCUUGACGCUCGUGGUGGUGGAUGCGAACCCGAGCUUGCAGCUUGUGCCGCCGGUGGUGAGGGUGCCGCCUGCUGGGGUGCAUGCCGCGUUUUAUACCACGCCUGUGUCGACGCCGCAGCCGUUUUCGGUGCUGUCGCCUGAACAGGGGAACAAUAACCCGCCUACGCCGACGGUUGUGAGUAGUAGUCAUAAUAAUCCGGCGACGCCGAAUGAUAAUACCAAUAAUGAUGGUGGGCAGGGGGGGGAUGGGAAUGGGGUCGAGAGGACGGUGGUUGAUGUUUGGGAUAGUGUUUACUCUGUUGUUGUCGCGCAUAGGCUGAGCAAUAGUCUGGGUUUGACCGAGAUUAAUCCUGCUUGGGCGAGCGGGUAUUUGGUGAGGAGGAAUGCGAGUAGGGGGGAGGAUGUGCCUGGGGUGAUGGAGGUGGGGUUGGUGUGGUGUGAACAGGUGAAUGCCAGGGGGGUUGGGUAUGAGGGGGUGCUGAGGGAGGUGAUGGGGGAGUUUAGGGGGUUGGGGACGUUGGCGAGGGCGAGGGGGUGUAUGACGGAGGAGAGGGAUCUCAGGCCUUGGCAUGUGGGUGUUGUUGAACGGGGGUGUAGGGUGUUGGGGUUGUUGAUGUGA